AUGCAUGCAGUGAUUGAACAGGAAGCCAGCAUCAUCGUCGCUCUUCAUUCUCAGUUCAGCAUGAAAGAUUUUCCCACGGAAGAAGAUGUGGUAAGCAUGAUAUCCUAUGCCAAAACAAAAGCAAAAGAUUAUGAUUCCAACAGCAGCAAUAGUAGGUACUGGCCGCCGAAUAAGUUGCGCAAAAUACAAGACACUAGUACUACUAUGACCUCCCCAUCAAGAUUCAAAGGUGUUGUGAUGUUGCACAAUGGGAACUGGGGUGCACAAAUCUACAGCAACCACCAGCGAAUCUGGCUCGGCACAUUCAAAUCCGAUAAGGAUGCUGCUAUGGCAUAUGACAGCGCAGCCAUCAAGCUUAGAAGCGAAGAUUUGCACCGAAACUUCCCAUGGAAUAGCUUGAGUGCUCAAGAGCCUAUUUUCCAAAGCCACCUCACUACGGUAGCAGUUCUAAACAUGAUCAAAGACGGAACCUACCGAUUGAGGUUCAAGGACUAUUUGAGGAAUCAAUUUUACAAUGCCAGUGACAAGGUAGAGCUCAGCCUUGCUCCUACUAGACAUGCGAAUGAUGCCAAUAAGGAAGGAGUAUCCUCAUGUCAACAACUGUUCCAAAAAGAGCUUACUCUUAGUGAUGUAGGGAAACUCAAUAGGCUUGUGAUUCCAAAGAAAUAUGCUGUGAGACAUUUUCCUCAGCUCUCUGAAGGGCAAGACAGCACGCAUUUAGUCAUCUUCGACAAGCAAAUGAAGCCAUGGACGUUUCGCUAUUGCUAUUGGAAGAGCAGUCAGAGCUUUGUUUUCACCAAAGGGUGGAACAAAUUUGUCAAAGAGAAGGAGCUAAAGGAAAAAGAUGUGAUCGCCUUCUAUCAGUGCGAGAGUAAAAGAGCUAUGAAAGAAGGAAGGCCGUUCCUUAUGAUCGACAAAGAAGUCGAAAAUAAGCUAAAUUUUGCUAAGGAGUGGGAGGGUAUGGAAAUAAGAAAAGCAGCCCCUGAGGAUAAUGAAGGCAUUAGGCUUUUUGGUGUACAAAUUGGGUGA